UGGCAGUCCCGAUGGCGGAGAGGCGGGGUCAGGCCUCCCAGCAGCUGCGAGCGGCCAGUGGCGCCUGGCCAGGAAGAUGGCGGUCCUGGCGCCUUUGAUUGCUCUGGUGUAUUCGGUGCCGCGCCUUUCACGAUGGCUGGCCCAACCUUACUACCUUUUUUCAGCCCUGCUCUCUGCUGCCUUCCUACUCGUGAGGAAGCUGCCCCCGCUCUGUCACACCCUCCCCACGCAGCGCGAAGACGGCAACCCGUGUGACUUUGAUUGGAGAGAAGUAGAGAUCCUGAUGUUUCUCAGUGCCAUCGUGAUGAUGAAGAACCGCAGGUCCAUCACUGUGGAGCAACAUAUAGGCAACAUCUUCAUGUUCAGUAAAGUGGCCAAUGCAAUUCUUUUCUUCCGCCUGGAUAUUGCCAUGGGCCUGCUUUACAUCAUACUCUGCAUAGUGUUCCUGAUGACGUGCAAGCCUCCCCUGUACAUGGGCCCUGAGUACAUCAAGUACUUCAACGAUAAAACCAUUGAUGAAGAACUAGAGCGGGACAAGAGGGUCACUUGGAUUGUUGAGUUCUUUGCCAAUUGGUCUAGUGACUGCCAAUCAUUUGCUCCAAUCUACGCUGAUCUCUCCCUCAAGUACAACUGUACAGGGCUAAAUUUUGGGAAGGUGGACGUUGGACGCUACACUGAUGUUAGUACACGGUACAGAGUGAGCAUAUCCCCCCUCACCAAGCAGCUUCCUACCCUGAUCCUGUUCCAAGGUGGCAAGGAGGUCAUGCGGCGGCCACAGAUUGACAAGAAAGGACGAGCUGUCUCUUGGACUUUCUCUGAGGAGAACGUGAUCCGAGAAUUCAGCUUGAAUGAACUCUAUCAACGGGCCAAGAAGCAAUGGAAGGCCGGAGAUAAUGUUCCCGAGGAGCAGUCUGUGGCUCAAACCCCCACGGCAGUGCCAGAUGGGGAAAGCAAGAAGGACAAAUAGGUUCCCUGCUUUGUUAGUGCUUCCUUCUGGUCAAUCCCAGGCACCUUUGAAGUCCUGCCACUUCUGUAACCACAGCCUUGCCUGAGGCCUCGCCUUUUAUUUAUGUUUUUCCCUGUUUGGCUGUGCCUGAGUGGGGCAGGGUGCUGCUUCUGGUUUUAAAGCGGCAUCCAUAGGAUUGACAGGCACACUUCAGGAAGACCACUCCUGUGGCCAACUAUUUCACUGGAGGAAGGGAGAGAUCUUAUGUAAUGGAGGAGGAAAUUCUUUCCCUCCCAGCUUGGGUCAGUGUGUCACUACUGCCCACUACUCACACAUCUCCACCAUGCUGCGGUUUCAGUAUUCCUUAGUGGACCUACACAGACUAUUUACAGUAGGUUGAACCUAACAUAAGAUGCUGGGGGACAGAGUGCACUAAAAAUGUUCCCUCAAGGACCCUUGCUUCUUUAGGCCCUUCUGGCCUUCAUUAAAAAUAAACCUCUGUCACUCGUCCCAAGGGCAAACCUUUAACCAGUUUUCUCACUGAAGAUAGUAUUCAGUAACUUAUUUUAUGGAGGUUGGGAGGUUAGGAGGGAGAAAAGGGAAUAGAAGUUUGAGACCUUUCCUUUGUGGGGUGGGGCCUGGAGAAGUCCUUGGGCAGGAUUAGGGUUUCACUUACCCUCCUACCUACUCUCCCACACCCAGUUGAUGGUUUUCCAUAAUAAAGAGACUGGGAUUUCCUUUUGUUUGCCCCUCAGUGUGUUCCUCAGGUAUUAAAAAGCCAGGCAACUGCAAAGGAAUUGCCGAACUCCAAA